AUGAAGCUGCUUCAGGUUCUCAUUAUUUUGCUGUUUGUGGUACUUGCAGAUGGUAUACUGCCCAAAAAAUGUUUUAACAAUGUAGCAGGCUACUGCAGGAAGAAAUGCAAAAUCGGGGAGAUAUCUGAGGUGGGAUGCCGGCGAGCGAGAUACUGUUGCGUUAAUGAGCUGGAAAACAGAAAGCACAGAGUCGUCAAGCCUCUAGUCCAGCCCAAAGAUCAGUCAAAAGGAGUCCAAGACUACAUGGUCCUGCCCACAGUCACGUACUUCACCAUCAGUAUCUGA